GUAAACCUGGUCAAUUGACUCUUUACAUCCUGCUAUUUCCUCUUGUCAAAGGACAUAUCAUUUGAUAGCUGGAGGAUUUAAUGGAAGGAACCGAGAUAAGGAACCCAACCGAUCCGGACCAGUCCAUGCCGGGUCAAGAUACGAGAGAGAGCAGCACGCAGACUGACUGCAGACUGCAAGGCCAUGGCCCCAGGCUAUCAAAGGUAAACCUGUUUACCUUGCUGAGUCUGUGGAUGGAGCUGUUUCCACAGGAGCAGCCUGAAGAGGAUGAGCCCAGUGAGAUCCGCAGGGUGGGUCUGGUGGUGGUGCAGGACAGUAAGGUGGUGGGACUCCACUGCUCAGGACCUGAGCUCCAUGCAGGACAGGCAGCCAUCAUCCAGCAUGGCGCCUCCCUGGCUGACUGCCACCUGUAUUUCUCCAGGAGACCCUGCGCCACCUGCCUCAAGAUGAUCGUCAACGCUGGAGUCAGUCAGAUCUCCUUCUGGCCCGGAGACCCUGAAGUCAGCAUGCUGAGGUCCAGCUCUGCAAACACCUCCAGCUCCCAGAAUCCUCCUCGCAGCAUCCCUGAGGAGGCGGCGCUGGAUGCCGUCGCAGCGGAGAAGCUGAAGUCCAACAGCCGUCCUCACAUCUGCGUCCUGCUGCAGCCUCCAGCGCCCGGCCUGGCCCAGUUUGUCUACGAGACGUCCAGAGACUGUGAUUUCAUGGAGAGGAUGAAGGACGAUGAUCCGGGGCUGAACACAGAGGAACUCUUCAACAGAGAGCGGACGAGACACCUGAAGGAUUUCUCCUCUCAGCUCCUGGUGAGGACGUCCCUGCAGCACCGGGAGAUUUUAACCCACAUGGGGCUGGAGGACUUCUGCGUGGAGCCUCACUUCUCCAACCUGAGGAACAACAUGACGGAGCUGGUGGAGGUGUUAGCUGCAGUGGCUGCCGGGCUGCCACAGCAGCACUACGGCUUCUACAGAGAACAGCAUUUAGCCCCUGAGCCAUCAGUAGCCUCGCUGCAGACUCCUCACGAGGGACUGUCUCAAGAAGUGGUGCGCCAUUGUAUCAUCCAGGCCAGGCUGCUGGCUUAUAGAACAGAGGAUCCUAAAGUGGGUGUUGGAGCUGUCAUCUGGGCCAAAGGAGCAUCGGCUGGCAGUGAUGGGACUGGGUGUCUGUACCUGGUGGGUUGCGGGUACAACGCCUACCCAACAGGCUCACAGUAUGCAGAAUACCCCCAGAUGGACAACAAGCAGAAGGACAGACAGAGACGCAAGUACAGAUACAUCGUCCACGCCGAGCAGAACGCACUCACCUUCAGGACCCGACACAUCAAACCGGAUGAGCACACCAUGCUGUUUGUCACCAAGUGUCCGUGUGAUGAGUGUGUGCCUCUGAUCCAAGGGGCCGGCAUCACACACAUCUACACCAGCGACCAGGACAGGGACAAGGACAAGGGAGAGAUCUCCUACCUGAGGUUCAGCAGCCUGAAGAACAUCAGCAAGUUCAUAUGGCAGAGGAGCCCUUCAGCCUCUUCUCACCACACCAACGGGUUUGGGGCGAAGCACGGCAGGCCGGAGGAGCAGGAGAGCCACAGCAACAAGAAGCUGUGCACCCACAGAUCCAACAUGUCACCCGUCAGCUGAACACCACACGGAUACAUGGUUAAACCAGAAAGAACGUUGUUUUUUAGCCACAGAUUUGGUAUUAUAAGGCUAGGACUGGGACAAAUCUGUGCUGCACUAUAUUUGUAUUUAUUUGCUGUUAAGAAGUGUGAAAGUAGUCUAUGUUGUGGAAUCAGAAUAUCAACAUCUCUCCCUGCUGCAUGUUUACGUGUCAACAACAGUAAUCUGUACAAAACAAAUGGUUAAAAGUGACUGUAAAACUUUAUAUUUCAAUAAGAGGCUGCUGUGAGGGGAGGACAGUCUUGUGUCUUUUAAGGAUUCAAUUGGAGAAGAAACAUGAACACCUCUAAGGGGAACCAUGAAUGGAUGGAUGGGAGAAGGGAAACUACUAAAAAAUGAUAUAUUUUAAAUAGUUUUAUAGUGAUGCUGUGAUGUCAUUUUAUUUUUGUAUACAAGAGCUGAAUAAUUAAAAUUGUUGCACAUAAAGACAUCCAUACUGUUUAAGUAUGCAAUGUUGACUGAAGGGCUGCUGCGGUGACAAUAUUGCAGCCUAAAAUCAUAUUGCUAAUCUAUUGAAGCAGCUUGAAGAAAGUUUUUGUAAUGUAUUUCACUUCUUUUUCUCUCCGUCAGCACAACUACAAUAAUCCAAUGUUUCUUUAGAAUACAGUUAUCAAUCAUUUAAAGCUUGAGACAAUACAUUUCCAUUGCACUACAGUUGACAACAAAUGAGCACCCGCACACAGAGCAUGCAUUCCCAUCCUUUUAUUUGUUGUGAAUGUGGUACAAUAGCAUCAAUGUGGAAAAUAAGGAGGCGGCCUUGAGAGAGAGAGAGAGGAUAAUGUGGAGUUGCUAAUUGUUCUUUUGUUGGCGAAAUAAAAACGUGGGUGAGUUUGGCUCAAGUUAAA